UUGACUUCGCCAUUAUUGAAGGAAAAAAAAAAAAAGCAGCUCUACUUUUUCUAUUAUUUUAGCAUCUAAUUUUCUUCGUCCUUUGGGAAGUCUGUGACCUCGCAAUGAACGGACAUGGCUUCCACCGUUGAAAAAUCCUCUGCUCCUCCUUCGAAUUAUUACCAUGUCUUCUUCAGCUCCAGGUCAGACGAUACACGCAAACCCUUUAUUGCUCUUCUCUAUAAAGAGUUGGAACGCAAAGGAUUUCUGUGCUUCAAAGAUAAUCAGAAGCUUGGGAGAGAGAAAUCAACUCAGGCUAUCGAAUCUUCAAGAUUUGCAGUCGUUGUUAUCACUGAAAGCUAUGCUUCUUCCAGUUUGUGCUUAGAUGAGCUUGUAAAAAUUAUUCAAUGGAAGGAAACAAGGGGACUCUCUGUUCUUCCCAUUUUCUAUAAUGUGGAUCCUUUGGAGGUUAAAGAGCAAACAGGUUGGUUUGCACAAGUUUUCGAACGGCAUGAGAAUGAUUCUUCCGUGCUGGAGAAGCUGCAGAGCUGGAGGGAAGCUCUAAUCAAAUUGGCCUUCAUUGAUGGCUGGAAUUCUCGGGACUGGGUUGAUGAUCACAAGCUAACUGAGGAAGUUGCCAAAGUCAUUUUAAAGGAAUGGAUUCUUCAUAUGCCGUCAAGUGAUUUUAAUGGCUUAGUUGGAAUUGAUUCACGAGUUGAGCAAAUUCAGUCAUUAUUGAACAUGGGUUCUGAAGAUGUUCUCUUUGUAGGACUUUGGGGAAUGGGUGGUAUUGGAAAAACAACCACUGCAAGAGCCUUGUUUAAUCAAAUCUCCAACCAUUUUGAAGCUGCUCAUUUUGUUGCAAAUGUUAGGGAAGAAUCUGAAAAACGUACAAUAAUUCGUUUACGAGAUGAAAUUCUCUCAAAAGUUUUAGAGGAGAAAAAUCUAAAUAUAGGGAUGCGAAGUGUGUUACCCAGGUUCAUCUUGAAUAGACUCCGCCGAAAGAAGAUUCUCUUUGUUCUUGAUGAUGUUAGUAAUGUAGAGCAAUUGACAACUUUAGCCGGAGAUCACACUUGGUUUGGUUCAGGAAGUAGAAUAAUUAUAACAAGCAGAGACAAACAAGUGCUUAUAAAUAAAGCUGACAAAAUACAUGAGGUUAAGGGGUUGAAUUACCAUGAAGCUCUUCAAUUACUUAGUCUGAAAUCCUUCAAACAGAAUCAUCCUGUAGAAGAUUAUGUGGUGUUGUCACAAAGGGUUGUCAGUUACACUAAAGGUGUUCCUUUAGCUCUUAAUGUGUUGGGUUCCUUGUUGUACAACAAGCAAAUAGAGGAAUGGAAAAGUAUAUUAGAAAAAUUAGAAGAAUCUCCCAAUUUAGAAAUUCAGAAGGUGUUGAAAAUAAGUUAUGACGAGUUAGAAUGGGUAGAUAAGGAUAUAUUUCUUGACAUUGCUUGUUUCUUUAAAGGAGAUGAUGUAGAUUGUGUGAUGGCUAUACUAGAUGGUUGUGAUUUUUUUCCAAGCAUUGGAAUAAGCCGUCUCAUUGAUAAGAGUCUCAUAGCAAUUGUAGACAACAAGUUAGAUAUGCAUGAUUUGUUACAAGAAAUGGGCCAGGAUAUUGUUUGGCAAGAAUCAAGCAAAAACCCCGUCAAAUGUAGCAGAUUAUGGACUCCUGAGAAUAUCUAUCCUAUAUUGACGAGGAAUGAGGGGACUAUUGCUACUGAGGGUAUCUUCCUGGACAUCUCCGAAAUUGAAAAGGUAAACUUAAGUCCUAUAGCUUUCUCAAGAAUGUGCAAUAUGAGAUUGCUUAAGUUCUAUCACAACAGUUCUUUGUCAUGGAAAAACCCUACUGGCUUCAUAUCAAAAUCCACUCUGCAGUCAUGUGAUGGUCUUCAAUCUCUUCCUCAUAAGCUAUCUUAUCUCCAUUGGCAUGGAUACCCAUGGGAAUCUUUGCCAUCUAAUUUUGCUAUGGAGAAUCUUGUUCAGCUUGAAAUGCCUUUCAGUCAGGUUAAAGAGCUCUGGGAUGGAGUUAAGCAUCUUCAAAAGUUAAAACACCUUGAUCUUCAUGAUUGUGAGCAUCUGACAACACUCCCAGAUCUGUCUUCAGCUUCAAACUUAGAAAGGAUAAUUCUUGAUAAUUGUACAAAUUUACUUGAGAUUCCUUCAUCCAUUCAAUGCCUCCACAAGCUUGUUUCUCUUAGUCUAUCCAAUUGCAAAGAGAUGCAGAGUCUUCCAAGCCUCAUUCCUUUGAAAUCUCUUCACACUCUUAAUCUUUCUAGCUGCUCAAAUCUGAAAAAGUUUCCAGAGAUCCAUGAGGACAUAGAAGAGUUAUAUUUAGAUGGGACUGGAGUGGAAGAGUGGCCCUCCUCUGUUCAAGUUCUGGACAAGCUAAAAUUCUUAUCCCUGGAUCAUUGUGACGACCUCAAAAUUCUGCCUAGCAGUGUUCACCUGAAAUCUCUUGAUACUCUUGAUCUCUCUUGGUGCUGCAGUCUUAAGAAUUGUCCAGAUAUUAUAGGGCCUAUUAUUAAGUCCAUAAAUUUAGGAUACACUGCAAUAGAAGAAUUGCCAUCAUCAAUUGGGUCUCUCACUUCACUUGUCAAAUUGAAUUUGAAGGAUACAGCAAUAAAAGAGUUGCCCUCUUCAAUCGGGAACCUCACUUCACUUGUUGAACUGAAUAUUAAGGAAAGUUCAAUAGAACAAUUACCAUCAUCAAUUGGAUGUCUCUCUUCACUUGUUAAAUUGAAUAUGGCAGUGUCUAGCAUAGAAGAACUUCCCUCAUCAAUUGGAAAUCUCUCGUCGCUUGUUGAAUUCAAUCUUGAGAAAAGUGCAUUAACAACAUUGCCCUCGUCUGUUGGAGGCCUCACUUCUCUGGUUAAGUUGACGCUGGCAGUUACUGAAAUAGAAGAAUUGCCCGCAUCCAUAGGGUGUCUUUCUUCUCUCGUUGAAUUAGAUUUGAGCCAGUGUCCAAGGCUUGGGAGUCUUCCUAGCAGCAUUGGAGAGUUGAAAUGCCUUGAAAAGCUUUUUCUCUGUGGCCUUAGAAGGCUUAGGAGUCUCCCGAGCAGCAUUUGUGAACUGAAACGACUUCAAGAUCUUUAUCUCAACCACUGCACAAAACUUAGCAAGUUGCCUUCUUUAUCUGGUUUUGGAUCCUUAAGAGACCUUGUUCUGAGCAAUACUGGAAUAAUAAAAAUCCCUGGCACACUGGGGUACUUAUCAUCAUUGCAGGUUCUACUCCUUAAGGGAAACAAUUUUAUGAGGAUACCUACAAGCAUUAAACAACUUUGGGGGCUAGAAGUCCUUGACAUAUCCUACUGCAAGAGGCUCAAGUCUUUGCCAGAGCUUCCAUGCCGAAUAAGAGUUCUCCUUGCACAUAAUUGUAAGUCUCUCAAGACCAUAUCAAGUCCCCUUAUUCAACUUGGAGAGUCGCAUGAACAAUUGCUAGAAGAUGAUAAAUAUGGAUUUACAUUUGCUAAUUGCGUGAACUUGGAGAAGAAUGCAUGUAACUACAUUGUUGAGAACAUGGUGCUCCAGAUUCAACGUUUGGCUACUGCAUUACUGCAAUCCACUGGAUAUGAAGAUAUAAUGGUUUCCCCAGUCGUUUGUUUCCCAGGAAAUGAAAUUCCAGAGUGGUUCAGCUAUCAAAGUGCAGGAGCUUCAAUAACCACUCUGCUCCCUCCAAAUUGGUAUAAUACCAAGUUGGUGGGUUUCACUUUUUGUGCUGUUAUUGAAUUGGAGAAGCAUCAAUACUUGGAUGGUUUCACUUUUCAAUGUAAUUGCCAUUUUGAAAACGAAAAUGGUGACAUCCUAGAAUUCUCCUCCAAGGAGACAGGAGAAUGGGGCAGCCAGUUUGAGUUCGAGUCAGAUCAUGUCUUCAUUUGGAACACAAGCUGUAUUGAUAUGUUAAUAGAGGAAAGGUAUGACAGGCUGAGGAGUAACUCUUGUACUGCUACUUUCGAGUUUGAAUCUCACAUGGAGGACGAAUUUAAGGAAGUGUUGCCUGGUGCAAACCAUUUCAAGGUGAAAAAAUGUGGGUUCAAUCCAGUGUAUGCUAAAGAUGAGGAGGAAUGGGAUUCAGACAUAGAUAAACCCAUGUCUUCUGAUGGUCCAAUGCAGAUUUGCAUGAAGGAUGGAGCAAGAACUCCAGAUUUUGGGGAUCUAGUGAUAGAAAUUCCUACGGACAAGAAAAGGAGCACUGAAGAUUACUGCUCUAACGAGACCAACUGCAUUGAAGAUGGAAGAGAGGAAAUGGAACCGCAGCAAAAGAAAUUGAAAUAGUUCUUGUAAAUUAUAUCGUUACCAUCGUCUUUUGACCAUUUUCUCUGCUUAAAUAGUCUUGUAUCCAGCUUCUUUUGAGGCUGGUUAAUGGAAGGAUUAAGUGUAUACGUAAAAGCUUAGCUUCAAGAUAAUGUUUAGCCACAAUCUAUCAUAUAUCUUGUCUAUGGUGGUUGCUCCUAAUGAUAAUUGGCUUUGAUCCUUAA